CCUCUACGGGACUACUUCUGCGGACUUCAAAUCCACCACCCUCACUAUCCACCGUCUCCACCUCGAACAACCUCGUCGGUUCAGUCACACCCAGAACACAGAUUCAAGAUGUUGAAGAUCUGGUCUAUGAAACAAAAGCAGCAGAAGGAUGAGGCCGCCGCGUCAGGUGGCGCAAAGAAGAAGAAGGUCACAGCAGCCCAACUGCGUGUGCAGAAGGACCUCUCGGAACUCUCGCUCGGCAGCACCAUGACAACAACCUUCCCAGACCCCGACGACAUUCUGCAUUUCAGCCUGACCAUCUCGCCCGACGAGGGCAUGUACAAGAACGGCACCUUCAACUUCACAUUCAACAUCAGCCAGAACUUCCCACACGAGCCGCCAAAGGUCAAGUGCACGCAAAAGAUCUACCACCCCAACAUCGACCUCGAGGGAAACGUGUGCUUGAACAUCUUGCGCGAGGACUGGAAGCCGGUGCUCAACUUGAACGCAGUCAUAGUUGGUCUGCAGUUCCUCUUCCUCGAACCCAACGCCAGCGAUCCGCUCAACAAGGAGGCUGCUGAGGACCUGGCACGCGACCGCGAUGGAUUCAAGCGCAACGUACGAUCCAGCAUGGCUGGAGGCAGUGUCAAGGGCAUCUCGUAUGACCGUGUCAUGAAGUAGAUUUUGCAGAGAAGGUAGACGAAGGGAUGAUGUGGCAUACGACAGGCGUUUUCUGUGCUAUGGAUACAAGCGGUUUCUUCUUUCAAAUAUUGGCUCGUCCUUUUUCUAUACACUCGACGUCACGGACGAGAUGAACGUGGCGAUAAGGAAAGUCACAGUUGUGGCUCGUGUUAUCUUUACACUCGUCCAAAGGCAAUACAUACGUUUCAAUUCUGAUUUCUCGUUCUCUCGUGUGUUCAAUGUCGAAGGCUAUCAGUUGUCUGGACUCUCUCGUGAGUUGAAUGGGGGAGAGGUCUGUGCUUUGUUCGGAGCAAG